CGCAUCUCAAAUCCGCCUUUCCUUAGACCGUCUAGACAAGCCCGCUAUCAAACACGCCUUCCAAGCCACCUUCAUUACUGCCAUCUUGACGCCUCCAGACGUCCUCCGCCUUAACAAGCCCGCCAUCAAUCACCGCCUCCAGCCGUCCUCUCCUACGACUGCCCAGACACCUCCAGACGCCCUCCGUCAUGAAAAGGAAGCCGUCAAGAUGCCCUCAUCGCGUCUCCGGAAGCGGGGUCCUCGUCGCUGCUGUCGGCAUGCCGGACCCUCCGUUCGAUGCUGGCCUUCUUUACCACGCUUUCGAAGGUUUACUCCCUCCAGCCUAUGAAGCUCUGAUGCCUUCCAUGGCCGAUGGCGAGCACGGAACGUCGGAGAUGAAGCGCGUCACGUCCAUUGCGAUGGGGCUCAGCGAACGCGGCGACCAGGAGGACCGUCGCCGCACGCUAAGGUCGCUCUUCGGCAGCUACAAGUACAUCACCGAGGCCCCCGCGUGCUUCUUCGUGGACGACAUCUGCGACAUGUACCCCAACGUCCGGUUGAUUCUGAACACAAGAUCCGCGAAAAAGGGCCCUUCGCAUCGUCACGAGGUCAAGAAGUUGUUCGGCUUGCCAAUGCAGGCGGCCACUCAUACCGCUGAUCGGCUUAAUACCGCGACCGGGAGCAAGCGCGCAGUGUACACGGCGUGCCGGGACCGGUUCCUCCAAAUGCGGUACGGAGUGUCCUCAGUGCAUGACCACCGGCUAAUCAAACGGCACAAUGCGUGGGUGCGUGCCGUGGCCAAGAGGAAGAACGUGGAGUUGUUGGAGUGGAAUGAGGACGACGGGUGGGGGCCGUUGUGUGCGUUUUUGGGGUGGGAGGAACCACGCAUCGCGUUCGAGCCGUCCACGUCGCGUAAAAUUGUCUCAAAGGCCAUCAGGUUUGCCAUAUCGUGAGCGUUCCGGUUGCUUGGGGGGGUUCUUUCGGGGAG